AUGGAGUCUGUUCCAUCAGCGACUCCUGUCGCCGUCGACGACAAGCCCGCGGAGAUCGACACCAAGGAGGCGACCACAGACGCAGCUGCACAGGACUCGGCCGAGCCAGAAGUGCCCUUGACCGCGGCACAGAAAAAGAAGGCCAAGAAGAACAAAAAGAAGCAGCAGAAGAAACAGGAGAGCAUGGAUGCCGCCGCCGCUGCUGCUGCCUCCACAGACGAUCACGCCGAGACAACCGAGGACAAGGAGGAGCUCGCCAAUGGUGACGCAGCCUCUGUGGCGGCCGAAGACUCCGAGUCCAAGUCAGUUGUGGACAAAGAAACUGUGAUCGAGCCCACUGAAGCGUCAGUGACCAAGGAGGAGGCUCAGCCGACGAGCGAGGAUAAGGAGGAAAGUCUGGCUGCAACCGUCGCCACGGCCAACAUGGCGACGGAUGCUCAGGAAAACAGCGAUGCGCCAAAGGAAGUGCAGACCACCUCCGAAACCCUCACGGAGCAUUCCACUGGGGACAAGACCACUGCAGAGCCGAAAGAGGAAAUCGCCGCGGAGGAGUCUGCUGCCGACUCAGCCGUCCCCGAUGCCAAACUGGUCCUAGACGUUGGUUCCUCUGAGAGCGCCGAGCCCGUUGAGGUUGAGGCUGAGGUGCAGGAGACCAAUGCUGCCGAACCGACCAUCGAACAAGCCGAGAAAGAGUCUGCCGCACCUCCGGCUGAGAGCGAGCAGUCGCUGGGCGACGUGAAGGAGGCGGACUCGGUCAAGGCCGAAGACGACACUGCAACCAAUCCCGCUCAGGCCGAGGAGCCUUCGUCCGAGAUGUCUGCUCCUGAACCUGUUGCCGAGAACACGGCCGAGGAGUCGAAUGCUGAGAAGCCCACGCUUGCCGAAGUUGUCGCUGGAGAGACGCCCUCCGCUGAUCAAUCGGCGCCCGAGUCGAAGGAGAACCCGGUCGAGCAGGAGAGCGUUCAAGAAACCAAGGUCGAUGAGCCCGCCAGUACCGAGGCUCCUGCUGUUGAGGUUCCUACUCCUCUGCAAUCAACUGCUGAGGAGUCCUCCAAGUCUACCGCUGCUGAAGAGAAGGAUAAGGAGCCGACAGCCAGCGAAGUAGCGGUUGAGCAACUUGUUGCUGCCGACGAGGCCAGCGAACCUUCUCCCGAAAUCGCUCACGUCGAGACUGUUGCCGAGGAAGAGAAGGCUGAGAAUUCUCCCCCUGCCGAGGAAACUGCUGCCAAAAACGAUGAAGAGCCCAAGGUCACCGAGGCUACUCUAUCGACCAUCGAGGAAGCGACUCCGGCUGAAACAGCCGAGACAGCCGAGAAGGAUUUGCCUACAACUGAGGAACCCGCUCCUGAGAAGGCUGCCCCUGUUGAAGAAACUGAAAAGGACUCUCAGGCCGAUGAGCCAGCCACUGCUACUUCGACGACUGAGUUUUCCGCCACUCAAGAAACCUCUGCUGAGCAGUCUGUGAAGGCGGCCACUACCGAAUCUCCCGUGUCCGCUCAAGCCGAGGAUGCCGAGAAACCCACCGAACACGCUCCUUCCCAGGCUGUUGAGGAGAAGGCUCCCGAAGCCACCGAAGCCACCGAAGAGAAGAUCGUCGAACCUGAACAUCCUUCCUUUGCGGAGGUUGUGGCUGAAGACACUCCAUCUCAGGAGGCCGAAUCAUCUGUUGUUGACGCUCCCAAGGACGGCCAGAAUGUGACCAAGCACGAACCCGCCGCUGAGAAAGCCGCCUCUGAGCCAACGACUUUUACUACUGAGCAGGUCGACGAUGAUGAGAACACUCCCGAGGAGCCUGUCACUCAGCUCGAGGCUAAGAAUGCGGUGGAGGAGACUCCCGUCUCAGCAGAUGCCAAGGUUGAGGACUCUCAGCCCGCAGCUGAAUCUCAUGAAGAGAAGGCUUCCGAAGAGAAGACCCCUGAACCCAUCAACGAAGAGGCCGCCGCACCUGAGGAGCAGAAGGGUACAGAGGCUCCCGCUGAGACCGCGGAAGACAAGCCUACGGAAGUUGUCGAGGAGAAAACCGAUGAAGCUGUCGUGGAGCCUGCUGAAGCCAAGAACGCUCAGUUCGUCGAGGAAAGGUCUUCCGAGCCCACCACCGAAGUCACCGAGGAACAGGCAACUGAAGAGAAGCUCGGCGAAGUCGCCGUAACUGAGAAGGACAAGGCUUCCGAGCCGGUUGCUGAGCCAGUGGCUGAGUACCUCGAGGAGAAGGCUCCCGAACCCGCCGAGAACCCCGUUGAAGCAGAGAUCGCCAACGAAAAGGCCACCGAGCCCGUCAGCGCGGAUGUCGCUGAGCCUAUUUCGGAAACCACUGAAGAUAAGCCUUCAGGGUCGGUUUCUGCGCCAACUGAGGAGACCGUCACUGAAGAGAAGGCUUCCGAACCUGCCGGCGAGAGCAUUGUUGAGUCUGCUCACAUUGAGCCCGUUGCGGAGACUGUUGCGGAGACUGUUGCGGAGCCUACCGAAGAGGCGAAGGACCCUGCUGAUGAGCCUGCCAAAAAGGAACCGUCUGAGGCUAUCUCUGAGCCAGUUGAAAAGACCCUUACCGACGAGAAGGCCGCGGAACCCACCAGCGAAACCUAUGCCGAGGUAGCCGUGGCCGAGUCCACUGAGCAGGUGACUGAGUCGGCCACUGAGCCUGCUGUGGAGACGGUUGAAGACAUGCCUUCCGAACCUCUUGCCGAAAAGGUGGACGAACCAACUGUUCCCGAAGAGCAGGCUGCUGAACCUACCAGCGAGUCUAUCGUUGAGUCUGCCAAAAUUGAGCCUGUCGCCGAGACUGCUCCCGUGACUGUUGUUGAGCCAGCUGAGGAGAAGGCCGCAGAGUCCGUCAAGGAAGAGGCUGCCGAGUCUGCCGUCGAACCUGAUACCCAGGUUGCUAAGGAGCAAGUCAGUGAGCCAGUUGUCCAGGCCAAGCUUGCUGACUCUGCUGCUGAGCCCACUGCUGAGCCCACUGCUGAGCCCGCUGCUGAGCCCGCUGCUGAGCCCGCUGCUGAGCCCGUUGCUGAGCCCGCUGCUGAGCCCGUUGCUGAGCCCGCUGCUGAGCCCGUUGCUGAGCCUGUUGCUGAGCCUGUUGCUGAGCCUGUCGCCGAGACUGUCGCCGAGACUGCUCCCGAGCCUGUUGUUGAGCCCGCUGCCGAGCCUGCCGAAGAAAAGGUUACUGAAGACAAGGCUGCCGAGGAAAAGGUCGCUGAACCCGUCGCUGAGCCCGUCGAGGAGCCCGUCGAGGAGCACGUCGAGGAGCAGUCUUCUGAACCCCCUACUUUGGAAAUUGCUUCAGAUACUACCGAGGAGAAGGUUGCCGAGCCCGCUGCUGAGCCCGCUGCUGAGCCCGUCGCUGAGCCCGUCGCUGAGCCCGUCGAGGAGCACGUCGCUGAGCCCGUCGAGGAGCACGUCGAGGAGCAGUCUUCUGAACCCCCUACUUUGGAAAUUGCUUCAGAUACUACCGAGGAGAAGGUUGCCGAGCCUGUUGUUGAGCCCGCUGCUGAGCCUGCUGCCGAGCCUGCCGAAGAAAACGUUACUGAAGACAAGGCUGCUGAGGACAAGGUCGCGGAGCCCGUCGCGGAGAAGGUCGCUGAACCUGCCGUGGAGCCUGAUACUCAAGUUGCUAAGGAGCAAGUCAGUGAGCCAGUUGUCGAGGCCAAGCUUGCCGACUCUGUUGCGGAGCCGGUUGCUGAACCCGCUGAGGGGAAGGCUUCUGAACUUACUCCUGUAGAGCCUGCUUUAGAGACUACAGACGAGAAGGUUGUUGAGGGCGUUGUCGAGCCUGCAGCUGAGUCCGUCGAAGAGAAAGCUACUGCUGAGCCCGCUGCUGAGCUCGCUGCUGAGCCCGCUGCUGAGCCCGCUGCUGAGCCCGCUGCUGAGCCCGUCGCCGAGCCCGUCGAGGAGAAGGUCGCUGAACCUGCGGUGGAGCCUGAUACUCAAGUUGCUAAGGAGCAAUUCAGUGAGCCAAUUGUUGAGGCCAAGCUUGCUGACUCUGCUGCGGAGCCCGUUGCUGAGCCCGUUGCUGAGCCCGUUGCUGAGCCUGUCGCCGAGACUGUCGCCGAGACUGUCGCCGAGACUGCUCCCGAGCCUGUUGUUGAGCCCGCUGAGGAGAAGGCCGCAGAGUCCGUCAAGGAAGAGGCUGCCGAGUCUGCCGUUGAACCUGAUACCCAGGUCACCAAGGAGCAGAUCAGCGAGCCAGUCGUUGAGGCCAAGAUUGCUGAGCCCGCCGAUGAGUCCGUUGAAGAGAAAGCUACUGAAGAUAAGGCUACUGAUGUGGCUGCUGAGCCCGCUGUUGAGCCCGUUGCAGCGAAGGCUGCCGAACCUGAAGUUGAGCCUGAUACCCAGGUACUCAAGGAGCAGGUCAGCGAGCCAGUCGUCGAGGCUAAGCUUGCCGAAGCCGUUGUUGAGCCCACGCCCGAGCCCAGCGAAGAGAAGGUCGCUGAACCUGUCAAGGUCGAUCAACCUCUUGAACAGGGAAUCGCAGCUGAAAUCUCUGCUGAGCAACCUGAGAUUACAGACUCGCCAUCUGAAAGCAAGGAGCCUGCUACAGAGAUUCCUUCCGCGGAGUCUUUGACCGAAGAAGCGGACAGCUCUGAGAAGUCAUUGAUCGAUAGCAUUCUUCAACCCCAGAUCCUUGGAGCUGGAGCUGCUGCCGCCGCGAUCGCCGCUGCUGCCGCCGGUGUUUCUUCUGCACUCGACGACACGACCGCGACCAAGAACUCGGUGACUGCUGCUGCUGCUGGGUCCACCCAGGCUGCCGAGGCAAAGUCCCAGGAUGAAGCCUCCUCCAAGCAGGAACCGCCUAAAUCUUGUAAGCCAUCAUCGUCGCUGACUCCGCCCAAACUAUCCCAGCGCUCGUCCGAAACUGACCUCUUUCUUCUUCCUUCAGCUAUCGCAGACGACCGUGAAGCUCAGUCUCAACAACCUGACAAACCCUCUGUAGACAAAACAGUCACUGAGCAAGACACCAUUGUCGAGCCCGCGAAAACUCAAUCUGAACCUGAGCCUGCUGCCGAAUCCAGCUCGAAGCCUCGUGGUCAGCCCGCAUCCGACAAUGCUACGGCCGAAGAUGCCAACGAGGAAGAAGCUCGUCCUACGAGCCAAAAUCGGUCAGUGACUGCUGUUUCUCUCAAUAGUCCGUCGGACAACUGGCUCAAGGCGUUCCUUCGGACCGUCUUCGUGGGUUUCUUUGGCACCAUCUUCUCUCCCUUCCGCCGUCGUGGCAAGGCUUCCCAAUAG